AUGCCACCCGAAAGAGCUGAAGCUCGAGCUACUCGCGAUGCUGAGAUGGCAGCGGCCGCUGAAGCUGCACAAGCCGCCGCUGACGCACAAGCGGCAGCUGACGCCGAAGCUGCCGCUUUACAGGCCGCGGAAGACGCUGAAGCCGCAAGGGAGAACGAGGAGCUUGCGACACUGUUGGCAAAGAAGCAGAAACGCAAUGGAAAGUUGUUGAAAAAGGAUCAAGAACGCCUUGCUCUGCUCGAAGGGAAUAUCUCAAGGAGGGCCGAAGCUCAAGCAGCCCGGGAAGCUGAAGCUAUUGCCGCUGCUCCAUUUUCCCCGGCGGCACCUAUUAACGAAUUUCUUGCUCAAGAGACAGACCAAGAUGGCCUUGCCACGGAAGCAGCUGCAGAAGCUGACACUGCACUUGCCACUGAAAUUGCGCAGGAAGAGGCGGAGAUGGAGAGCCUGCAGUCAAAGAAGGCGAAGAAAGGAAAACUUAUCAAAAAAGAGCAGGAACGGCUGAAUCUCUUGAUCAAUAAUGCAGCGAAACGAGUCGAGGAACAAGCAGCGAAAGAAGCAGAAGAACAGGCGGCAGCGGCAGCAGCCGAAGCCGAAGCCGCUGCCCAAGCUGCUGCAGACGCCGAAGCUGCAGUCCAAGCCGCCGCAGAUGCUGAAGCUGAAGUAGCUGCCAAGGAAGAGGAGGAAAUGGCAGUGCUGAAAGCCAAGAAAGCCAAGAAGGUCAAGCUAACAAAGAACGAAACGGCUCGACUAAUGACCUUGGUUGGCAACUCAGUAAAGCGAGCUCAGGAAAAAUCUAUCAAAGAGGCCGAGGAAGCAGCCGCGGCGCAGGCUGCUAAGGAAGCCGAGGAGACUGCAGCCCACGAAGCAGAUGCGCUGGCAGCACGUGAGGCUGAAGCGACCGCUGCCCGUGAAGCGGAGGCUGCAAUUGCUGCUGAAGAAGAGAAGGAACUUGCAGAUCUCACCGCUAAGAAGAUCAAGCGUGGCGGUAACCUGAUUAAGAAGAAGGAUGUGGAGCGCUUUGAAGUCCUCACUCAAAGGGCUGCCGAACGAGCCGAACGAGCAGCUAAGCAAGCUGAAACGAUUGUUGCUGUUGAAGCUCAAGGAGAGCUUGGAGAAGCCACCCACGGUAACACGGAGGUGGUGGCAGAAGCUCAACCCGAACCAGAGCCUGAGCAACCGCUAGUAGACAUAGACGCAGCAUCUGCUGAUCUUGAUCCUGUUACAGCUCCCGACGCAGCUACUAUAGCAGAGGAAGAAGCAGAGUUAGCCAGUCUAGACGCAAAGAAGACAAGGAAAGGCAAGCUUGGCAAAAAGGAUACAGAGCGGUACAACAUCCUCACAGAAAAAGCUGCGCAACGACUAGCUGCAAAAGAAGCAGAAGAAGCGGUUGUCACAGCCGCGGCUGAGACCGAGGCUGCAAAAGAAGCCGAGGAAGCUGUAGCAGCAGCAGCAGAAGAAGAAGCUACAGCCGCAGCAGAAGCGGAAGGUAUAACAGCAAGCGAAGCUGAAGCUAUCCUGAUUGCUGAUGAAGAGGCGGAGCUUGCCACUCUCGCCGCCAAGAAAGCUAAAAGAGGGAAGCUUGCCAAGAAGGAUGCCGACCGUUUUAACAUUCUCACAGAAAAUGCUGCACAGCGACAAGCCACAAAGGAAGCAGAAGAAGUAGCUGCCGCCGCAGCAGCAGCUGAGGCUGAGGAGCAGGCUGCACAGGAAGCAGAAGUCGCAGCAGCAGCAGAAUCUGCCGCUACUAUAGAAGUAGCUGAAGCAGAGGCAGCAGCAGCUCGCGAAGCAGAGGAUGUAGCUGUUGCUGAGGAACAAGCCGAGCUGGCUGCAUUAACUACUAAAAAAGCUAAGAAGGGUAAGCUUACAAAGAAAGAUGCUGAUCGAUUUGCUGCUUUAUCGGAAAAUGCAGAAAGGCGAGCUCAAGAAAUAGCCCUGACUACCCAGCAACCUGAAGAUCCUGCACCGGACCCUGAGACAGGAGUUAACGAACCUUCUCUUGAACCAGCCACAGAUGAGGUUUCUGCUGAGGCUAAUGACCCAGAUGCUAUUGCAGCUGCUGAAGCAGAAGCCGCUGCUAUUGCCGAUGAAGAAUCCGAACUUGCUGCUUUGAUUGCCAAGAAAGAGCGAAAGGGCAAGCUUGGGAAGAAAGAGACCGACCGCUAUAACCUCCUUACUGCCAAUAGCACGGCACGGGCAGAGAAAGCGGCUCAAGAAGAGGCAGCUGCCCAAGCAGCUGCUGAGGCUGAAGCAGCCGCACAAGCUGAAGCCGAGCAGGCAGCCGCAGCUGAAGCUGCUGCUGUUGAAGAGGCUGCUUCCAGAGAGGCUGCAGAGGCUGAAGCUCUCCUUAUUGCCGAAGAGGAGGAUGAAUUAGCUGCCCUAACUGCAAAGAAGAAUAGGAAGGGCAAACUUGGGAAAAAGGAUAGUGACCGAUUUGCUAUCCUGACCGAGAAUGCAACUCAACGAGCCGAGAAGGCUGCUGCGUCAGAAGUAAUGAAGGAGCCUGUUCUUGAAGUUGAAGAUCUCGCUCCUGAAAUUCCUGCCGAUGCUGAAGCAGCCGAGGCGGCCGCUAUUCAGGCAGAAGCAGCUGCCAUUGCUGCUACUAUUGCUGCCGAAGAGGAAGAAGAGCUAGCUGCCUUAAUUGCUAAGAGAGACAGGAAGGGCAAACUAGGUAAAAAGGACAGCGAUCGAUUUGCUUUCCUCACUGAGAACGCCACCCAAAGAGCCAGAAAUGCAGCACACGAAGAAGCCGCUGAGGAAGACCAAGAAGCCACUAUUGCCGAGUCUGUAGAUAUCAAUGAACCCCCAGCUGAUAUCGAGGAUUUACUCUUCGAAAAUGCCCCGGAGCUACCAGUUGUUGAAAAAGAGUCAUCCUCUGAAGAAGAUGAUGCUGCUGCUGCAGAGGCCAUGGCCUUAGUUGCUGCCGAGGAACAAGAAAUUGCAGAACUAGAGGCGAAGAAGGCAAGGAAAGGCAAGCUAGGCAAGAGGGAUAUGGAACGAUACACCCUCCUUAACGAAAACGCUACCAAGAGAGCUGAAGAGCAAGCAACUAAGGAGGCCGAGCUCACUGCUGCUGCUGAGCGUGCCGCUAUUGAGUCUGCUGAAGCUGAGGCUGCCGCUGCUGCUGAGGAAGAAGCGGCGGCGAGAGAGGCUGCUGAAAUUGAGGCUGCGGCAGUGAUCACCCAAGAAGAAGAAGAGCUUGCUGCCCUAGAAGCAAAAAAGCAGAGAAAAGGAAAGUUGGGACGCAAAGAUACCGAUCGAUUUGACUAUCUUCUGGGAAACAAGGCUGCAAGGGAAGCACAGGUUGCUGAAGAACGAGCUGCCAAGGAAGCCGAAGAGCAAGCACUUCAAGAAGCUGCAGCUGCUGAAGCUGCCGCCGCUGCUGAGGCUGAGGAGAUAGCGGCAAGAGAGGCUGCUGAAGCCGAAGCUGCGGCUGUUGCUGAGGCUGAGGACGAAGAAUUGGCCAUCUUAGCAGCCAAGAAGGCCAAGAAGGGUAAACUAGGACGCAAGGAUACAGAGCGUUUUGAGCAGUUGUCUUCGAAUGCCGUGAAACGAGCCGAGCAACAAGCGGCCCGUGAGGUUGAGGCUGCCGCUGAGGAAGCCCCGGCUGUGGAAGAGCUACUUGACAAAGAAGAGCUUGACGAACCAACCCCGGAGCCUGAAGAGACUGUUGAAGAUGCCCCUGAUGCCCCAGAUGCCCCGGUUCCUGAUAUUGAUGACGAAGCCGCUGCCAAGGCGGCUGCCAUAGCCGCAGAAGAAGAAGCAGAGCUUGCUUCUCUUGAAGCUAAGAAGGCACGGAAAGGAAGGCUCGGAAACAAGGAUACCCAGAGGCUCAUAUUUUUAACCGAAAAUGUUUCAAGGCGCGCUGAAGAGCAGGCAGCAAAGGACGCCGCCGCUCAAGCUCUGGCCCAUACUACCCCAGAAAAUGCUGCUGGAGAAGAAGAAGAGAUUCCUGGCCAGGACGAUGUUGAAGCUGCCGCUAUCGAAGCCGAAGCCGCCGCUAUAGCUGCUACUAUUGCUGCUGAAGAAGAGGAGGAGCUCGCUGCCCUUACUCUUAAAAAGACGCGAAAGGGCAAACUAGGCAGAAAGGAUACAGAGCGCUUUGAUUUAUUGAUGCAAAACGCAACUAUACGCGCGGAAGAACGCGCUAUCAAGGAAACCGAACCUGACGGCCAGGCUGAGGAAUUGUUACCUGAGGAGGUUGAUGAUAUUCUUCAACCGGAGCCCGAGGAGAACCAUGAUGCAGAAGAGGUAGCUGCCCAGGAGGCAGCCAACGCUGAAGCUGCAGCUCUUGCUGCAGAGGAAGAGGCAGAACUUGCAGCAUUGAACAAGAAGAAAGCGAAGAAAGGUAAACUGGGUCGUUCUGAUACUGAGCGAUUUAAUAUCCUUGUCGAAAAUGCUGCAAAGCGUGCCGAAGCUGAGGCAGCCAAGGAAGCAGGAGAGGAUUUAGGAGACGUCCCCCGAGCUGAGGAGGAGGAGGAGGAGGAGGAGGAGGAGGAGGAGGAGGAGGAUGAUGAAUUUGUCGAUGCUGAAGACGGCAAGGAAGACGAGUUGGGUGAGGAGCUAGAACCUGAAGCCGAGGAACUUGCUGAGCCUGAUCAUCAGGAAGAUGAAACGGUCAUAGCCGAAGCUAAGUUAGCUGAGGCGGCGGUACAAGCUGCCUUCAUCGCAGAAGAAGAGGCUGAGUUGGCUGCAUUGACGAAGAAGAGGCUUAAGAAAGGAAAACUGGGCCGCAAAGAUACUGAAAGAUUCCAAGCGCUGACAGAGAAUUCUGCUAAACGUGCUGAGGAGGCGGCAAUCCGAGAUGCAAAAGACGCAGUGGCAGAGGCUGAAGCAGGGCUCGGUGAACCCGAACCCGAACCCGAACCCGAACCCGAACCAGAAUCUGAAGCUGCUGAACCUGAGCCUGAAGAUAAUGGCCUGGAGGAGGCCGAGCGAGCGGUAAUCGUUGAGGAAGAGGCAGAACUGGCAACUUUAAUGAAAAAGAAGGCAAAAAAGGGAAAGCUUGGUCGGAAGGACACCGAGAGAUUUAUCGUCUUGUCAGAACAUGCUACCCGCCGUGAAAAGGAGCGAGCUGCUGUUGAGGCUGAGACUGAAGUUGUUCAGGAGGAAUCCGAUAUCGAAGGUUUGGGAGAGACUGGAAGAGUGGAGGAGGAGCUAGAGCUAGAGCUGGAGCCUUUAGAGACACAAGACGAAGAAGGUGCAGCUCGAAAAGCUGAAGAGGCAGCUAUUGCGAGGGAAGAGGAAGCCGAGCUUGAGGCCCUUAAAGCCAAGAAAGCAAGAAAAGGCAGGUUAGGCAGGAAGGAUAUUGAACGCUUUGCCAUAUUGGAGGAGAAUGUAGCAAGGCGCGCAGAAGAACGUGCUGCCGCUGAGGCUGCUAUAACUCAUCCGCCUGAGGAAGACGAUGAAGGUGAGGAAGAAGAGGAAGGUGAAGGUGAAGGUGAAGAGCAAGAGGAAGAGGAAGAGCCUGAAGCAGAGGAGACAGCAGCUCGGGAAGCAGAGGAGACAGCAGCUCGGGAAGCAGAGGAAGCAGCAGCUCGGGAAGCAGAGGAGGCAGCUAUCGCUGAGGAAGAGGAGGAACUUGAGGCCCUGCAAGCGAAGAAGUCAAGAAAGGGCAGACUGGGCCGAAAGGACACCGAGCGGCUUCGGGUCUUGGAGGACAAUGCAGCGAAACGCGCCGAAGAACGCGCCGCUAAGGAAACAGCAGCUGCGGAAGAAGACCUCGGAGCUGAUGAUGCUGAAGAGGAUGAGCAGGAAGAGGAAGAAGAAAAAGCAGACGAGGACGAGGAAGAGGACGAGGACGAAGAAGAGGACGAGGUUAUCGAUAAUGGCGAAAUGAGCAAGGGGGGAGACGAUACCGAUGCUGAGGAGGCAGCAGCUAAGGAGGCAGCAGCUAAAGAGGCGGCAGAAGCCGCAGCUCGUGAGGUGGUCGCGAAAGAACUUGAGGAGCUUGACUUCCUCCAGUUCAAGAAAGCCAGAAAAGGUAGGCUCGGCAGAAAGGACACCGAACGACUAAGAGUUCUAGAGGAGAACGCUACCCAGCGUGCUGCAGAGUUAGCCGCGAAAGAAGAGGCUCCCGCGGCAGCAGAAGGUGAGGAAGCGGAUGUAGUUGAAUCCGGCAACCCUCCUGAAGAUGAGAAGUCGGACAUUGAAGCCGAGGACAACGAUGAGGAUCAGGAAGCAGACACUGAAGUCACUGCGAAUAAAGAAUCGAGUGACGUCGAAAACGAAGCUAUUCUCGAUGACCACGAAGAGAAGGAACCAGAGAUACUCCCAAAGGACCACGCCCCGGAAGCCUCUGCAGAUGACGAGAUUGUCGAGGUUAUCGACUUAUCGCCAAAGAAAGAAAGGAAAAGUAGGAAGAGCAAAUCCCGUCGCGAUGCUCCUCCGCCUCCUCCAGUUCCAGAUCCUCCAUUGACGCCACCACCUGAGCCGAAGCAGCCUCGAAGACCCAAAAUUCAUCGCGAAGGAACUUCAUUUGGUCGGUGGGCCGCGACACCGCAUGAAGAGAGGGAUGAGCCCCAAGAAAAGUCAACUAGACAUAGACGACGAGAGGAAAAGACGUCCUCUAAGGGUUCCUCAUCUGACAAAGUUGAGAAGACUCCAUCACGAUCUCGUGGCACUGCUUUGUUCAGUAAACCACCACUCACCCGUUCCGCUACCACGCGUGAGAAAAAAGACGGCAUCAGCAGCAAACGUCGCCACUUUACUAAUGCUCGUGGACUUGUAUCGCCUCCUCCUGAAGAUGUUCUCAUGGGCGAGGAUGAAUUAAGCAAUCGCCGCAAGUCGCGUAAACCUCGAUCACGCGAAGGUGAAGAUGCAAUGAUGUCUGGCGCUGCUCCUGUGCCUGAUAGGUAUGAACGACGUCGUUCAGAUAAACCACGGUCGCAUGAGGACGAUGAUUUGGUUAUGGUAGAUCCCGAACUCGCGCCCGAUAGACGCGAGCGCCGCCGGUCUCACAAACCACGAUCACGCGAAGAGGAAGAAGUUGCCGUGGUGGAUACCGAACGACGUCGGCGAGCCAAGAGAUCGAGGGAUGAAGAGCCCGUGAUGGUGGAGCCCGACGUUCCUUUUGACGCACCUCCACGAAGUUCCAAGAAGUCCUCAGGUUUCGCUGGCCUCUUCAGUGGUUUGCGAACGCCGAAGACUGAACGACCUGACCCCCUGCGACGUCGCAGUACCUAUGCAACAACUGACGACGAGGCCUUGCGCAGCGCCAAAAUGGAUGGUGAUGCAGUAUUAGUAGAUGCUGACCGCGAAGCAAGACGAGCUGCACGUAGGGCCAAGAGGGCUGCUGAAAGCGGUCCUGACCCCGAGGAAGCAGCGCGUCGAGCUCGAGAUGAGGCACGCCGUGAACGACGUCGACAGCGCGAGGAAGAGGCCGAUCCUCUAAAGCAAGACAAAGAGGCCCGCCGUGCUGAACGCAGACGACAACGUGAUGAAGAUGCAAGACGUGCCCAGGAGGAGCGACAUGCACAAGAAGAACAACAACGACUGCAAGAGGAAAAGGAGGCACAAAGAGCUGAACGUAGGCGCUUGCGUAGAGAACAGGAAGCAGCCGCUGCCGCAGAACAAGCCGAAGAUGAAGAGGCUCGUCGAGCUGCCAAACGUGAACGACGCCGCCGCGACACAAAGCGAGCUGCUCGAGGUGCUGAAGAGGAGGAAGGUCGUCAGCGACGAAGUCAGCAAUCUGCAGACGAAUAUAAUCAGCGGAGGUCCCAUCGUCGCGAAGAGAGACCGCAGGCUCCAGCUUGGCCUCAUUCUGGAACUUCAUCAUGGGUCAAGGAACACUCUGAUGCGCCCCCUCCUCCUGACCUCGGUGACGGGGGUGAGGCAAAUGGUGGACAGACCGAGGAUGAGAUGGCAAGACGUGAAGCUCGUCGAGCUCAUCGAUCGAAAUACGAGGAAGAGCCCACAGAAAGGGCCGAAGAUCGGCGAAGGCGACGAGCAAGGCGAGACGAUCGUGAGCGCGGCGGUCGAGAUAGAGAACGUCACCGAGAUAGGCGCUCGGAAGGUAGUGACGAACGACAUCACAGCCGUCGAGCGCCAACCUUUAUGGAAGCAACAACAACACCUCGCACAAGUUGGUGGAAGAAGAUCGCUGGAUGA